AUUGACUGACACAUCUCAAGUAAUCAAGGAGGAGUUAAUUGAAAGGAAAACUCAUCGUGGGGUGAUGGAGGAAGCAGACUCCCCAACCCCUCGUCCUCCGUUUGUGGAGGUGAAAUGCGAAAGUUCAGGCAUGAGAAGGCGCUUUGCAAUUGGCACAGAAGCUGGUUUCGCAGCAUCAGUGAUCAACAACAAACUGGGUUCAGUUGAUUCUGUGUACAUUGAAGCCGUUAAGGAAGGUGAAGAGCCCAUCACUUUUGGACCCAACUCACUUCUCGUCGACUACGGCCACGGUUGGACAUUACACACUGUUACAGGGGAAGGUGUUGUUAGGCCUAAGCCGAUCCAAGUUCAUCAUGUAAUGGGUUCUGACAACUUACAUGCUGCAAAGAGGGUACCUGAUCAAGCAAUCAAUUUUAUAUACAUUGGAAAAAUAGUGAUAGCUUUUAUUUUGAUCUUCGUACUUGGCGCAAUUUUGGCUUUGGUUCUUGAGAACGUUCCUAGACUGAUAGAGUUACUCGAACAAUAUGUGUAAUCUUACAAGACCUAACAUAAACUUCCCCAAGUCGAUAUUCAUGUAUAAAACAAAAGCAGAACUGAGUUCCAUUGCUCUAGACCAAAAGUGUAGGGUUAGGUCAAUGUAUUGGUUGGUACAGUCAUGUUUAGGUAGUCAUUUUAUUUCUCACUGAGUUGAGUUGUGCUGAACUACCUUUGGAUUUGGAUUUGGAGAUGAUGCAGUUGAAAUGGGUUCCAUUGCCUCAUUAACAUGAUUCUUAUCAUUCUAUUUGGUCCAUGAAUCUCAUUUUUCAGUGGCAUGCUGGAUUGUU